CGCUCGCUCCUCCUCCAGCCCCGGCCCGGCCUCCCGCGCGCCCCCCAGCCCGCUGCGCGCCGGCCGCCGCCCGGUCAUGUCAGCAUGGAGAUCCGGCAGCACGAGUGGCUCUCGGCCUCCCCCCACGAGGGCUUCGAGCAGAUGAGGCUCAAAAGCCGCCCCAAGGAGCCCUCGCCGAGCCUGACCCGAGUGGGCGCGAACUUCUACAGCAGCGUCAAGCAGCAGGACUACAGCGCCAGCGUCUGGCUCCGGAGGAAAGACAAGCUGGAGCACUCCCAGCAGAAAUGCAUUGUGAUCUUCGCCCUGGUGUGCUGCUUUGCCAUUCUUGUGGCGUUGAUAUUUUCUGCCGUGGACAUCAUGGGAGAGGAUGAAGAUGGACUCUCAGAAAAAAAUUGUCAAAAUAAAUGUCGAAUUGCCCUGGUGGAAAAUAUUCCUGAAGGCCUUAACUAUUCAGAAAAUGCACCAUUUCACUUAUCACUUUUCCAAGGCUGGAUGAAUUUACUCAACAUGGCCAAAAAGUCUGUUGACAUAGUAUCUUCCCAUUGGGAUCUCAACCACAGUCAUCCAUCAGCAUGUCAGGGUCAACGUCUUUUCGAAAAGUUGCUCCAGCUGACUUCGCAAAAUAUCGAAAUCAAGCUAGUGAGUGACGUAACAGCUGACUCAAAGGUAUUAGAAGCCUUGAGAUUAAAGG